CUCCUUUUUUCAACUGCGAUGAAAUGAUGAAUUUCGUUCUUUGAUACAACAAAGCUAGACUGUAAUGAGAUGGGAUCGCCCCAAUCUUAAUUCCAAACUGUUUGGCUUCUCAUUUCCCUGUAAAUCUUCUUUUAUGAAGCCUCCCUGGCUCGUUCCGUGAGUGCCGUUGAUAUCGAAUCUUAUUUUACGGUGCUUCUGUGGUGAAUGGUAAAUGAUGGAUAUUACAGAGGUUGAAGAGAACCUAUUUGCGGCUAGUGAUGCCAAGUUACAUGGAGAAAUGUGCAAGACACUCUCUGCAAUUUAUUGCAAAGUUCUGUCGAUAUUCCCUUCCCUGGAAGCAGCACGUCCUAGGAGCAAAUCUGGCAUUCAGGCAUUAUGUUCAUUGCACAUAGCACUUGAGAAGACCAAAAAUAUUCUUCAACACUGUUCUGAGUGUAGUAAGCUUUACUUGGCUAUAACCGGAGAUUCCAUUCUUUUAAAAUUUGAGAAGGCAAAAUAUGCUCUUAUAGAUAGUCUUAGGAGAGUUGAAGAUAUUGUUGCACAAUCAAUUGGAUCUCAGAUUUUGGAGGUUGUUAGUGAAUUAGAAGGUACAGUCUUCUCGCUUGAUCCAUCAGAGAAGCAAGUUGGCAAUGAAAUAAUUGCGUUGCUGCAGCAGGGGAGAAAAUUUGACAACCGAAAUGACAGCAAUGAGCUUGAAUGUUUUCAUCAGGCUGCUACUAGGCUUGGUAUUACUUCUUCUAAGGCAGCACUUACAGAGAGAAGGGCUCUAAAGAAAUUGAUUGAAAGAGCUCAAGCAGAGGAAGACAAGAGAAAGGAAUCGAUUGUUGCCUAUCUUUUACAUCUCAUGAGAAAGUACUCCAAGUUAUUUAGAAGUGAGAUUUCAGAUGAUAAUGAUUCACAGGGGUCAACACCUUGUUCCCCUACCAUCCAGAGUUCCUAUGAGGAUGGUUGUUCUGCUGGAAAUGGCCAUGCUUUUGAUCGGCAAUUGUCAAAGCUCAGUUCUUUCAAUUUUAGGCCAAACAUUAGGAAAUCUGGGCAGAUACCCCUUCCCCCUGAAGAAUUAAGGUGUCCAAUAUCAUUGCAGCUUAUGUAUGAUCCUGUAAUUGUUGCUUCUGGACAAACGUAUGAAAGGAUAUGCAUUGAGAAAUGGUUUAGUGAUGGGCACAACACAUGUCCUAAGACUCAACAAAGGCUCCAACAUCUUUCUUUGACUCCCAACUACUGCGUUAAAGGCCUCAUUGCCAAUUGGUGUGAACAGUAUGGAGUUCCUGUACCUGAUGGUCCACCAGAGUCCCUUGAUCUGAACUACUGGAGACUAGCUUUAUCUGAGUCGGAGACUGCAAAUUCAAGAUCAAUGGAUAGUGUUGGUUCUUGCAACUUAAAGGGGAUCAAAGUGGCUCCUUUAGAGGAGAGUGGCACCAUUGAGGAGGUUGAAGAAAGAGGAACAGAAAAUGAGUCAGCACAAGAGGAAGAAUCUGAGCUCAGUGAGUUUGAAAGAUGCCAGGAUUUUAUCACUAUCUUGAAUGAGGAAGAGAACUUGAGAAAAAAAUGCAAAGUUGUAGAGCAAGUAAGGCUUAUGCUGAAGGAUGAUGAAGAGGCCAGGAUUUUUAUGGGGGCUAAUGGCUUUGUUGAAGCAUUGCUGCAUUUUCUAGAGUCAAGCAUGCAUGAAAAUAAUGCAAUUGCUCAGGAAAUUGGUGCUAUGGCCCUUUUUAACCUUGCUGUCAACAAUAACAGGAACAUAGAGUUGAUGUUAGCAGCUGGAAUAAUUCCGUUGCUGGAGGAAAUGAUCUCCAAGUCUGAUGCCCAUGGGUCAGCAACUGCUCUCUAUCUGAAUCUUUCCUGCCUUGAAAAAGCAAAGUCUAUCAUAGGCUCAAGUAGGGCUGUUCCUUUCCUAGUCAAGCGCCUUGGAGGUGAUGCUGAAGCACAAUGCAAACUUGAUGCCCUUCAUGCCCUCUAUAACCUCUCAACAGUUCCCACUAAUAUCCAAAUCCUCCUUUCUGCUGGCAUCAUCAGUGGCCUCCAAUCUCUUUUGCUUUCUGGUGACCACGCCUGGACAGAAAAAUCCAUUGCUGUUUUGCUAAAUUUAGCUUCAAGUCAUACAGGAAGAGAAGAGAUGAUAUCAGCCCUGGGCCUCAUAAGUGCACUGGCUUCCAUAAUGGACACUGGUGAGGCAAUUGAGCAGGAGCAAGCAGUCUCAUGUCUUCUGAUUCUGUGCAACAGAAAUGAGAAAUGCAGUCAAAUGGUCCUCCAAGAAGGUGUGAUACCGGCUUUAGUAUCAAUUUCAGUGAAUGGAACAACAAGAGGCAAAGAGAAGGCACAAAAACUUUUGAUGCUGUUCCGGGAGCAAAGGCAACGAGAUCCGUCACCUGCUGAUAUAGACCAAUCCGUUGAAAGCUGCAACAAAGAGUCUCCGCCUGCUGCUAAGCCACCUGCUCCAGAAACAAAGCCGCUAUGUAAAUCAGUAUCAAGACGGACGAUGGGAAAAGCCUUCAGCUUUCUGUGGAGGAGUAAGAGCUACUCUGUCUAUCAGUGUUAAAUGGUCACCAGUGUAAAUUUCCCUUGUGCAUCUUUUCGAUUUCUUCUGUCUGGUUCUGAUGGGCAUUAUCGAUUUUUGCCGUUCUCAUAGAGAAGAAAUGUACAGGCCCUCUAUGGUUUUUUUGGCUGUCUUCUCCUUCCACACCUGUGUAGGAAUACAUGUAUAAUCUAUCUCAUAAUCAAAAGUUCUUAUUUAU